AUGGCCGGCUUUUUUGAUCCUGCCCUUGCUGCUGGAUUGCCUGUGGUGGAGCGGUUGCGGGGCGGUGUGGAGGUGGGGCUUGUGGGAGAUUCAGGGGGAAGUUAUCCAAGUGAUGCUGUGACUGCCCGGUCACAGUGCCUGAAGGUUGUAGGGGCUCAGAUGGGGGAAAACAAGCUACAGCUGAAUCUGGAUAAUCGAAUAUAUUUAGAAUAUGAAGGAACCACAUUUUCAAGAUGGGAGGUUCCAUCAUUUUGUGCAGUAUAUGAUGCAAUGAAACCAUCAACAAUGCUGUUUUGUUCAGUUCCUGGUACUCAUAGGAUUCAACCAGUUACAGUUCCAGCAUCUGAUGAUGAGGAACGCUACUUAUCUAUCAAUGCAGAUGUGAAUUGUUUCUCAUGGUACAUUUAUCAAGAUGAAAACAGAAAGCUAAAUGAGGAUGCAGACUUGCCCCUCUUCUGGGUCACCUUACCAUGGGAUAUACUAAUUAGCUUUCUUCCACUUUCUUGCUCAUCUCCUCUUGCAAUGAACAUCACUAACAAGCUGCUGGUGUACGGGGAUACAUGUAGAGACACCAAUAGAGGAUUUCUCUCUAUCUUCGCCUUACUGCCAAUUAUAAAAUUAUGGUUAUUUGAUCCAGAAAAUGCAGACAAGGAGGAAAAGCUAAACAUUGCCAGUUCACCACCAAUAUAUUCUAGGACCCUUAGCGGGCAGUUCUGGAAUUUGGGACAGCAACCUAGCAUUAGAACAUUAUUUAAAGGAACGGAAUAUUCCAGCAAAUCAUUUUAUAAUGGAAUAUGGAUGGUUGAAGUGCCUAGCCAAACAAAUGAUAACAUGGCAAUCGUCCGUGACAAAACAGUGAUUUUUCAGGAUUGUUUUGUUCAUGAUACUCCUUUUACUAUUGCCCAGCCUAUAUAUAUAUUAGGCCCCAAAACAGGAGUUUCUGUCACUGUUCCAGCUGGUAGUGAUGCCUUAAUGGAAUGGUCUGCCUGUUAUCCAAGAACAGCUAUCGUAGCGACAGUUGAUGGUAUUUUCUACACUAGCAAUGGAUUUUUAAAAGUAGCAGAAAUAAAAUUUCCUCCAGACCUCGUACCAUCUGGCAUGAUUCACCAAGUCAAAGAUGUAGCUAUUCUUUUUCCAAAUGCCUUCAUUCUGAUUGGAAACAUGCUUUAUCGGGCAAGCAUAGGCGAGGUUAUCAACAUUGGAGAGUUUUAUUUUCCACAUGUAAGAUUUAUUGGAACACAAAGCAAAACUUGGUGUUCUGAUGAAUAUCCUUUGACUGAGAGAAAAUUAAGUGAAAUAAUUAUAUGGUCAGAAGAUGAAGUUUUUCUUGGAUAUCGUGGGAAUGAAUUUCAUCUGUUGAUAGAUGUAGGACUGUUAAGAGAAAAAUUAAAAUUACAAAGAACUGUUAAUCUAUUAAUAGUAUCUAUUUGCUAUGACUCACUUACUGCUUCAAUUGCAAUAUUGCUAGAAUGCACUGGCUGUGCAAGCAAAAAGAUAUUAUACAUAGCUGCCUAUGAAGAAGAUACAGCUGAAUGGAUCCUAAGAGACUUUACCCUAGGUUUGCCUACUGUUGGUGCCAUACAUAUGGAAGUCAUAAUUUCAGCAUUAACAUCCAUGGUAUUGUGGGAUGAUGACACAGUUUUCUAUACUUACAAAGAGCAUAAACACUAUGGUUAUCUUCAUGAAUCUGAUUACAGUGGAAAUGCCAUAAUAAAGCUGAAAAAUAAUGCUCUGUUUUUCUUCAAAUUUGAAGUGACAGAUGUUAUAAAGCUUACUGCUUGGGAAAGUAAUCUUAAAAAGUUUAUUUUUUUUUUUAAUCCUUCUGGAGAUAUAUAUUUGCUGACAAUCAAUGGCACAAAUAUAAACCGCCAGGUAUAUCCAUUGAAAUUAGAAGUGCUUAGUGCUGCAUCAAAAUUGAACGACGUUUGCCCAUAUAUAUCAUUUGAACAAAAUUUGAAUCUCAGUAUUCAUUAUAUAGACAUGGGAGACAAAGUGACAUUUUGGGGUCAGAUAGUAUUUUUAGAAAAUAAUGGUUUAUCAGUGGAUGUUGAAAUUCACAGGCCACAACUGUUGAAGACUAAAGAACUUAUCAAUUAUGAAAUAGCUCGUGGAAUCUGCACUAAAAAUAAGACUGUAACGUUUUAUCAUGAAAGGGAUUAUUCAGAACUGUCUGAUUAUCGAACUCAGAUAGCAUUAUCUCAGGGCAUCAUGUCAUUUGAAUUUCAGCCUUCAGAAUCUGGAAAAACAUGCUUAACAAAAAGCGAGGAAGUAAUAUUUGAUAUAGAAAAAUAUGGCUGCCCAUUACAGAGCCAUUAUACUCAAGAUUUUUAUCCUCACGUUGAGAUAUAUAAGGAUCACCGGACUCUCAUACCAGUUGAGGCAAACUAUAUAUUGUGGGAGAUGAAUGGGAGGACUGACUUUUACUACAGGGCAACUAUGGAAAAGGUCCGUUGUUUAAAUACUGCACAGAGUUGGAAUCAGAUGAUUAAAAUAUACAAUAAAACAAUCAAAACAAUUGAAGAUGUAGAUGAAAUAUGGGGACCUCAUUUGGUGGGUGGUCUGGAUAUGGAGAACAUGGACAGUGAGUACUUUGCCAUAGUCAAAUUACUUCCUGGUUCAGAAAAAUUAAGGAAACUGGAUAAAAAAUAUGAGAUCUUAAAUAGUUCUGGUUUGAACUUUUUAACUUGGCCUCAGUAUACCAGUACUUAUAUGUUCAAGCUGACAAUACUGGAUCCAAAUUUCAGUUUUUGUAAUUUAUCUACAUAUUUUGCUGUCCAGACCUUUGGCAUCAUUGAAAGACCAAGUUGGAUGUAUGUUGCUGGUUGGGCCACCUUGGUAGUGACUUUAUUUUGGGGAUUCCUCAUCUUCNGACACAUUUAA